UAAUUUUUUUAUUUUUAGGGUGUGGACUAUUCUUGAAACAUCAACAACAAAAACAAAAUUGCGAACAAUACACAACACAAGUAAUAAAUUUAUUUCGAAUUAUGUGCCAAAAUAUUGCAUUAGCCGAAGAAACAAAUGAGUUAAGAGACAAUUGUAUCAAUUGUUUUACAACUGCGUCGAGAGCGAAUAAUAAUCAACCGCGCAUCACCGAAAUAGCUGAUUGCGCAGAACUCUACCUAACCGAUACCCGAUACGAUAGAUGUGUAUUGGAAAUUACGAGCGCAACACAGUUUAAUAAUGGUGAUUGCGUAGCGGGAUAUUGUGAUUUUGUCAGAUGCAUUAGACGAGUGAACUCCGACCUAUUAAUCGCAAAUUGUUACGCGUCUGCUUCUGAGGACAAUACAGCGGAAUUAGAAGAAGACCAAGUAACGCUGUACAAAAAUAUAACGUCCUGUAUUUUGGCUGUGACACGAUGUUCCCGUAUAAACCCCAUUACAGGACAGCCGCAAACAAAUCGCAUUUCCAUUACGACCAAAGACAAAUGGGGAAAACCUAUUACAACCACUUUGCCUUUGUAUAAUUCGCUUCAAAUAAAUAGGGCGGGUGACCUAAGAAUCGUGGCUUUUCCUGGAAACACGAAAAUCGCCUCAUAUUUUUGCGCGUACGAGUUUAAUUUACGAGAGUCCACCUGGUUAAAUUAUACUUGCUGA